UACAGUUGAAUCGCUUACUUCGACAAAGUUAUGAUAAACAUAUUUUUUUUUAUGUCCUUUAUCCUCAGACUGGUAAAUACUCUUCAGCUAACCACAAUUUAUUGAAAGUAGGUACUAUGAACUAAGUUGUAUCUAUAAAAUAUGUGAGUAAUAAAGAAAUAGGUAAGUAAUAUAUAGGAUUUCUUUUCCACUGUUACCAUAUUUUUAUAUCGCUCACCUAGUAAAAUAUUGGCACAUUUACAAAAAUCGCAAAUUCGCUUUUAACGGUCAUUGUGUUUAAAAUGUCGUAAUUUAAACAGUGGUAAAACGACACAAUUUUAGUUUUUGAUAUUUGUCAAUAGAGGGCAUAAAACGUCGUUAUAUCACUAAGCGCGUUUCCCCCCGCACACGCGUAAAACAACGGCUCAUUGGCCAGUUCGGCCGAGUUAGCCGUGAGUAGUAGCCGUGUGGAAACUGCGUUGUCAUAAGUGACAAAUGUGACAAAAGUUGAAAGAAAAUGGCGAACCGAAUGCAUUCAUUAACGGAAUUGGCGAAGGAAGGAUCCGCUUUACCACCGUUUUUCAAGAAUAAAAAUUUAAAUGUAUCUGGAGAAAUGGUAUCGUCAAACGACAUUAUGAGUAAUGAACCAAGUGCUUCUACUAGUAAUGAUUCCGAGAAAGAUAGAAUAAUAUUAUAUAGUACUUUUGAGACAGGAAUGACUAUAGAAGAUCAUCAAUCGGCGUCGACAUCUAAACGCAAACGUUCCAUAUCUACAUCCAGCACCGACUCUUCAUCAAGUAGCAGUUCUAGUGGUAGCUCAACAUCUUCAUCAAGUAGCAGUUCUAAUAGUUGCUCAAAAUCUUCAUUAAACAGUCAUUCAGUAUCUAAAUCACGAACGUUUCAAACUACAGAUCCUAUCUGUGAUAAAGUAGUUAAAUUGAGAAAACCAAAUCGAUUAGAUUAUGAAAUGCUUGGUAUGACUGUACCCGACAAUUUAUGUCCUGAUUUUAAUGUUAAUAAUAGAGAUGACAAGCAAACUAACGAUGAUGAUAUUUCAGUGCAAUGUGAUGAAGUUAUUGAUACUGAUAUUGCUGGUAAAACAUCAUCGUCUCCAACUAUAUUUCAAAUAAUGAAUGAGAAUAAUUAUAUUAAUGAGGGAUAUGGUACAGGAAUAGUUCAAGAUUACAUUGAUUUCGAUAAAGAAAAUGAAGAGCCGAAUAAUAGAAUUGUUGAUUCGGAUGCAACAAAAGAUUUUUCGGCGGGCAGUGAUGAUGAAUAUAUGCCACCAGCGAAAACUGCAAGGUGUAGCAUUUCGUCCAGUUCGAGUACAUCUCCUGCCCCCAUCAAUAGCAAAAGAGGAAAAAAAAGAGAAAGAAAUGAGAAGAAUUGGAAACAAAAUGUGAGAAAGACAUUAAAAAAUUUAGGGAAGGAUUACGACUCAAAAAAAGGUGACAAAAAAGAGGCUAAAAGAAUAAAAUCUCCUUGCAGCCGUUGUAAGUUUUCCUGUACUGAUAAAUUCACUAAUGAUGAUCGGCAACAAAUUUUUGAAACUUACUGGGCAUUAGGAUCAUUACAACGGCAAAGAGAUUUUUUGAGCACUUGUGUUACUAUUCAAGACAUAACAUGCCGCCGUUUAAAGAACCCCGCUAAACCUAGAAACAAGAAUAGUUGGUUUUCUUUUGUGAAACAGGGGCAGACCAAAAGAAUAUGUAAAACAUUUUUGUUAAAUACACUUGGAAUAGGUCAACGUACACUUCGUACGGUAAUUGAAGCUAAAUCUACUAAUUCCGGUAUUCCGCCAAGUGAUCAGAGAGGCAGACAUGGCAAGCAUCAAAAAACAAGCCCAGAAGUAGUAGAAUCUGUCCGUCAGCAUAUAAAUACAGUUCCGAGAGUAGAAAGUCAUUAUUUACGUGCUAACACUAGUCGCGAAUUUAUUGAUGGUGGACUAACACUGGCUGCCUUACACCGUGACUACGAAAAUAAGCGCAAGGCUGCUGAUAAAGAAGUUGCGACAUUAUACAUGUACAGCCAGAUUUUUAACACAGAAUUUAAUAUCUCGUUUUUUAUUCCUAAAAAAGACUCUUGUAAUUUUUGUGAGUCGUACAAACAUGCAACUAGUGAUAAAAAAAUUGAAUUAGAACAGCGAUAUAGAGAUCAUCUAAAGGAGAAGGCUCUCAGUCGUACCGAAAAAGCUAAAGAUAUUGAAAUUUCACGUACACCAGGCAGUAAUUUAAUAGUAGCAAUUUACGAUCUGCAAGCACAACUACCUGUACCUAUUGGAAAUUCUUCAGCAUUUUAUUACAAAUCCAAGCUCAAUUGCUACAAUUUUACAGUGACAAAUACAAAAAAUAAGUCUACAUCAUGUUAUUUUUGGUAUGAAAGCUUAGGGUCUAAAGGCUCUACAGAAAUAGGAACUUGUGUGUACAAAUUUUUGGAACAAAUUGCUGAAGAGUAUCCUGGGUCGGAUGUUAUUUUUUAUAGUGAUAAUUGCUGUGGGCAGCAAAAGAACAGAUAUGUAUUCAACAUGUAUCAUUAUGCUGUCGAAAAACUCGAAAUAACCUCUGUGUGUCAUAAAUUUUUAAUAAGCGGCCACAGUCAAAAUGAAGGAGAUAACGCUCAUUCGUUAAUUGAAAAAGCUAUUAAAAGAGCUAAAAAAUCAGGAGGUAUUUAUGUGCCUGACCAAUACAUAAAUUUAAUACGAGGUGCCAAAAUAAAAGGAAAACCCUUCACUGUUCAAGAAAUGCACUGGAACAGCUUUUAUGAUUUAAAGUUUCUGGCCGAAGAAUUGAAUGUCAAUUUUAGUAAAAAUAUCCAUGGCGAACCAAUAAAAUUGACAGAAUUAACAAUGAUUAAAUUCACAAAGAAUAGCGAUAAGUACAAAUAUAAAAUGUCUUUUGAACAAGAUUGGCUAGAAGCCAAGCUAAAGUUGACACGAGGCCGUAAAAAAACCCCUUCAAAUAUAAAUUUGAGAUCGGCAUAUAAUUCAAAAAUAUCUAUUUCAGAAACGAAAAAGAAUGGUUUAUUGCAAUUGCUUCGUUCGAAUAUAAUACCUAAUUACUACGAAUAUUUUUUUAAUAAUCUAUGAACAUAAAUAAACAUAUGGGCUUAGAGGGACCCGAUUUUUUUUAUUUUAAUUUGCGUUUAAUUUUUAACCAAUUUUUAUUUUAAAUAGUACCAUUAGGUAAGUUUAUUAAAUCCCUGUUUCGUAUGAUUCAUUGAUAAUAUUCGAUGUUCGAUUUUUCUAAAUUAAAAACUUUUAAAAUU